AUGGCAGCAAAGGGAAACAGAGGAGCGUUGCAUUUGCACAGGAGGAUCGUGCUGGUGGGGAAGACCGGAUCAGGAAAAAGCGCAACAGGAAACACCAUCCUGGGAAAAGAUGCCUUUGAAAGCAAUGCUCUACCCACUCACGUGACUGAGAGGUGUGAGAAGCACGACGGAGAAGUGGAGGGCAGAGACGUUGCUGUGAUCGACACGCCAGGAAUCUGCGACAGGAACAAGACGGAGGACCAGAUGAGGAAAGUGAUGGACAACUGUAUCAAACUGUCCCUCCCCGGACCCCACGCGUUCCUGCUGGUGAUCAGGCUGGGAGUGAGAUUCACAGAAGAAGAAGAACAUGCCGUGAAGUGGAUCCAGGACAACUUUGGAAAAGAUGCGUCCCGUUACACGAUCAUACUGUUCACUCACGUAGAUCAGCUGAAAGGUAUAACUAUGGAGGAUUGCCUGAAGCAUGAGAGUCUUAAUAAGAUUUACAAUAGCUGCGGAGGAAGGUAUCUGCCAUUCAACAACAACGACAGAAGUAACAGAGAACAGGUACGCCAUCUGCUGGAGAAGAUCGACAGCAUGCUUCAAGUAAACGUAGGAGAGUUCUACACCAACGACAUGUACAAGGAGGCGCAGAGAACGAUCAAAGAAGAGGAGGAGAGAAAGAGACUGGAGGAGGAGAGGAUGAAGGAAGAGGAGAGGAGGAGACUGGAGGAGGAGUGGAGGCGGCAGGAAGAGAUGCGAAUAGAGGAGGAGAGAAGGAGGUGUGAGGACGAAAGAAGACGAGAGGAAGACAGAAGGAGAGAGGAGGAGGACAGAAGACGACAGGAGGAGGACGGAAGAAGGGAAGAAGAGGAAAGAAGGAGAGAGGAAGAACAGAGAAGAAUGCAGGAUGAGAUCAAGACACAACAGGAAAGUUCAUGCUUCAGGAGAUGUUGUCCAUGCUUGUGCGCCGAUCCAGAAAGUGAACAACAAUGA